AUGCCCAUUUUACCGACUACCUCACCACGUUCUUCAUUUCACUCUGAUAGUCAACAUAAAAGAAGACGAUCAACUUAUUGGUCGGCUUCCAUCCCAUUGUUUUUACGACGUUUAUUUAGAUUUCCACAAAUGGAUUUUGAAUUUGCAUUAUGGCAAAUGCUUUAUUUAUGUAUAGCUCCAAGAAGAGUGUAUCGAAAUAUUUAUUAUCAUAAACAAACUAAAAAUCAAUGGGCAAGGGAUGACCCAGCUUUUGUCGUGAUAUUAUCAUUUUUCUUGGGGGCGAUUGCAUGGGGAUUAGUAUAUGGACAUGGGCUGAUAGGGAUUCUUAAAAUGAUUUUAUUUAUGGUAUUUGUAGAUUUUGUAGUAGUUGGGAUGAUAAUCUCUACAAUUUGUUGGGUAUUUGCGAAUAGAUUUUUAACACAUAGACAUACAAUUCAUGCAGUUGAGCAAACAGUAGAAUGGGCCUAUGCAUUUGAUGUACAUUGUUAUAAUGCAUUACCAUUCCUUUUACAUACUGAAAUGUUUUUAUAUCCAGUUGCUUUAUUCUUAAUUGUCUAUGUUAUCUCAUUAUUUGGUUUUCAUAUUAGUGCUAAUGUAUUACAAUUAUAUUUCGGUAGGUGA